CCCAAACCGGAGCGAGACGGCGCAGCCUCUCGUAGCGCUGGCGAGGAUGCUGGAGGGGAUGGCCCAGAUGCAGGAGCGGCAGGCGGCCGUACACGCAGAGCAGAUGGAGGCUCUGCGUGCACAAGCCUCCCUCCAGACCCAGGCGCUGCGACAGCUGGCUGCCGCCGGGGAAACCAGCUCCCGGGACCCGCCGUCCCGAUCCCCUCUCCGGAUCCACAUACCAAAAAUGACCGCCGAAGAUGACAUCCAGGCCUUCGUGGAAAGUUUUGAGGUGGCAGCGGAGGCGUGUCAGUGGCCCCACGAGGAGUGGGUUGUACACCUCCUGCCCCUUUUAACCGGGGAAGCCCAGCAGGCGGCGCAUGGACUGCCGCCCGGAGCCCGGGCGGAUUACAAGAUUGUGAAGAGGGCGAUCCUGGACCGACUGGGCUGCAGCACGGAGGAUUACCGGCGCCGGUUCCGGACGGCGAAACUGGUGGCGGAGGACCGUCCCUUCGCAUACGCCCAAAGGCUAACCCACAUGGCCCGGCGUUGGCUGCAACCAGAGACCCGGUCCGCCGGGGGCGUGGUGGAGCAGGUUAUACUGGAACAGUUCCUGGAAGGGUUGCCGGAGGGAACGGCCAAUUGGGUGCGCUGCCAUCGCCCGACCAACCUAGAGGGGGCGGUUACCCUGGCGGAAGACCACCUAGUGCUAUACCCCAGCGCCCAGCAGCAAGCACGGCCGGAACCGGCGCCUAGGAGGAGACCCCCUCCUCGUGCUGGCCCCUUCCCUGUCCCCCGGGCUCUGCCCCCUCCCUUGCCUCAAACUAAUCCCCCCUUUUUUCCGAUUCCCUCUCCAGGUCCAGGCUCAGUGGCGGGGGGCUCCGGCUCGCAGAGGGCGCCUCAGACGCUCGGACCGGGGUGUUGGCGGUGCGGACAGCUGGGUCACCUGCGCCGCGAUUGUCCACUUAUGGAAGUGGGGCAGGUGGUCCGGGUGGUCGGGCCGCCCACUUCCGCUCCCGAUCAGGAGGGAGCGUACUGCAUCCCGACCGACGCAUCGGACAGAGGGCUGGGGGCUGUUUUGACCCAGCAGGUGGAGGGAGUCGACCGCCCGGUGCUGUACCUCAGCCGCAAACUAUCCCAGCGGGAGGCGAGGUACAGCACGGUAGAAAAGGAGUGCCUCGCCAUCCGGUGGGCGGUCGGGUCCCUGCGCUACUACCUGCUGGGUCGCCCAUUCACCCUCUGUUCGGACCACGCUCCCCUCCAAUGGCUCCACCGCAUGAAGGAUACCAACCCGCGAAUCACCCGGUGGUAUCUGGCUCUACAACCCUUUAAUUUUAAGGUGGUUCAUAGGCCGGGGGCGCAGAUGGUGGUGGCGGACUUCCUCUCUCGCCCCGAAGGGGGUGGGGGGGGGGUCGGUCAUCGGCCGGAUGGCUCCCCGGCCUAAGUCGGGCGGUGGGGGUAUGUGGUAAGGUGGGCGUGGUUUUUGCGUUGGCUGCAGAGAGAGAGUGGGCGGGGCGGCUCUCGGAACUCUGCGCCACGGCUGUUGGGGUUUAUUAAUCAGCACGGAUAGUUAAUUGUUUGAUUGAUUGACAAUGUGCUGAUUACCUCGACAGUGAGCCUGGACGUUUAAAAGCGGCUCGACAGAGAGAGAAGCGGGAGAACUGG